GACAGCUGCUGGCGCGGCGGCCGCCCGAGCAAGAUGGCGCUGCGGCCCGGAGCCGGAGCCAGCGGCGCGGCAGGGGCGGGCGCGGGGCCCGGCGGGGCAGGCAGCUUCAUGUUUCCUGUUGCAGGUGGGAUGAGGCCCCCUCAAGGCCUGAUGCCAAUGCAGCAGCAAGGAUUUCCUAUGGUGUCUGUCAUGCAGCCCAAUAUGCAAGGCAUGAUGGGAAUGAAUUACAGCUCUCAAAUGUCCCAAGGACCCAUUGCAAUGCAGGCAGGAAUACCAAUGGGACCAAUGCCAGCAGCAGGCAUGCCUUUCCUGGGGCAGCCACCAUUCCUGGGCAUGCGUCCUCCAGGCCCACAGUACACUCCAGACAUGCAGAAGCAGUUUGCUGAAGAGCAACAAAAACGAUUUGAACAGCAACAAAAGCUCUUAGAGGAAGAAAGGAAAAGACGUCAGUUUGAGGAACAAAAACAAAAGCUCAGACUUUUGAGUAGCGUGAAACCUAAGACAGGAGAGAAGAACAGAGACGAUGCUUUGGAAGCCAUAAAAGGAAAUUUAGAUGGAUUUUCCAGAGAUGCUAAGAUGCACCCUACUCCAGCAUCACACCCCAAGAAACCAGAUUGUCCCACAUCAUCUCAUUCUACUAAAACUGUCUCCCCAUCACCUGCCUUUCUUGACGAAGACGAAUUCAGUGAUUUUAUGCAGGGGCCUGUUGAGGUUCCCGCUUGUGGGCCCCCUUCCACAGCCAGGCCCUUUCGGUCUUUCCUCCCCACCACCCCUCUGGGCCAGUUGCACACACAGAAGGCUGGAGCACAGCCUCUCCCUCCAGGUCAGGUUCCAGUGUCUUUUGCCUUACAUGGUGGCCCUGGGCAAAUUCCUUGUUUCUCUACUGCUUCAGCUUCACACGGUGUGCAGAAAGCAGGCCCUUCCUUGGAAGAGAAGCUCCUAGUAUCUUGUGAUAUAAGUACAUCUGGGCAGGAACAAAUUAAAUUAAACACUCCUGAAGUUGGGCAAAAAGCUGUAGUCCCAGGUUCCAGUAAGAACUGUCCCGGCUUAAUGGCCCAUGACGGGGGUGCUGUAGAUGGAUGUGUAAGUGGUCCCACCACUGCAGAGGCAGAAAAGACUUCAGACCAAAACCUGCCGAAUGGAGAGAGUGGGGUGGCUGUGUUUCCCUCUCAGGACCCUGUUCAGCCCAGAAUGCCUCCUUGGAUUUACAAUGAGAGUUUGGUUCCAGAUGCCUAUAAGAAAAUUUUAGAAACUACAAUGACUCCAACUGGAAUAGAUACUGCUAAACUUUAUCCCAUUCUGAUGUCAUCUGGACUUCCCAGGGAAACUCUCGGACAGAUAUGGGCCCUAGCCAAUCGUACUACACCUGGCAAACUUACUAAGGAAGAGCUUUAUACUGUUCUCGCCAUGGUAGCAGUAACACAGAGGGGUGUUCCUGCCAUGAGCCCUGAUGCUUUGAACCAGUUCCCAGCUGCUCCCAUUCCCACCUUAAGCGGCUUUCCUCUGGCUCUGCCUACCCCAGUGAGCCAGCCGACUGCGAUGCCUUCUGUCCCUGCAGGCUCCAUGCCCCUCAGCCUUGGACAGCCCAUCAUGGGCAUUAACCUUGUUGGACCAGUGGGUGGAGCUGCAGCACCAACUUCCAGUGGCUUCAUGCCAGCCUACCCCUCACACCAGGUGGUAAAGACAGAAGAAGAUGACUUCCAAGAUUUUCAAGAUGCUUCCAAGUCAGGAUCCCUAGAUGAUUCUUUCACUGACUUCCAAGAGGUGCCUGCUUCCUCAAAAACAAGUAACUCCCAGCAUGGAAACAGUGCUCCGUCACUGCUGAUACCACUUCCUGGAACUAAAGCCUCCACAGAUAAAUACUCAGUGUUUAAAGGAAUCUCUGCUGACAAGCCCCCUGAAAACCCUGCUUCGUUUGGAGAGUCUGGUGACAAAUACAGUGCGUUCAGGGAGCUUGAGCAAACAGCAGAGAGUAAGCCUUUAGGAGAGAGCUUUGCCGAGUUCAGAUCCACAGGAACAGAUGACGGCUUCACCGACUUCAAGACUGCCGAUAGUGUGUCACCCCUCGAGCCACCAUCAAAAGACACUUUUCCGGCAGCCUUUCCCUCCGGAGCUGCACAACAGAAACAGGCACAAGUGAAAACCCCUCUGAACUUAGCAGACCUAGAUAUGUUCUCCUCAGUAAACUGCAGUGGUGAGAAACCAGUACCCUUUCCAGCUGCAUUUAGCACGUCAAAGUCAGCUUCCACGAAGCCUCCACCGGCCGGCUCUGCGGCCCCCUCGGCAGCACUGGUAUCCACUAAAACUUCUAGUUUGGUAGAUGAUUUUGGAGAGUUCAACCUCUUCGGGGAAUACUCGAAUCCUACCUCUGUUGGGGAGCAGGACGACUUUGCAGAUUUCAUGGCUUUUGGCAACAGCUCUAUUUCAUCUGAGCCAAAAGCAGAUGACAAAUAUGAUGUCCUCAGAGAGGAAGUGAGUCCCAGCCCCUUGGCCAGCAGCACAGUGGAGAGUGUACAGAAUCCACCUGCUGCAUCUUCCAAGUAUGAUGUCUUCAAACAGCUCUCCCUAGAGGGAGCUGGACUGGCCAUUGAGGAGUUCAAAGAGAACACUCCUUCCGCAAAGAGUGACGAUGACUUUGCUGACUUCCACUCCAGUAAAUUUUCAUCCACAAGCUCCGACAAAUCCCUGGGAGACAAAGCGGUGGCUUUCAGACAUGCCAAGGAAGACUCUGCCUCGGUGAAGUCUUUAGAUCUCCCCUCCAUCGGUGGCAGCAGCGUUGGCAAGGAGGACUCUGAAGAUGCGCUUUCUGUUCAGUUUGACAUGAAACUGGCUGAUGUGGGAGGAGAUCUUAAGCAUGUCAUGUCUGAUAGCUCUUUGGAUUUGCCAACAGUUAGUGGCCAGCAUCCUCCUGCCGCAGCAGGAAGUGGGUACUUCUCGGCCACCCCAGAUCUUCUAAAGAAAGAGGCCUCAUUUGGCAGUUCUGAGAACAUCACCAUGUCAUCUCUCUCCAAAGGAACGGCCUUGGCAAGCGAGGAUGCUCUCCCGGAGACUCCCUUCCCAGCCUUCGCCAGCUUUAAAGACAUGAUGCCUCAGACCACUGAGCAGAAAGAGUACGAAAGUGGGGACUACCAGGACCUGCCCACAGUGGAACGGAGCCAAGAGACCACAAGUCCAAGUCCAGCUUCCAGUGUUGCCUCUCACGAAACUCCCAAAGAGUGUGCAGAUGACUUUGGAGAAUUUCAAAGUGAAAAGCCCAAAAUCAGCAAGUUUGACUUUUUAGUAGCCAAUUCACAAAGCAAAAUGAAGUCCAGCGAAGAAAUGAUCAAAAGUGAGCUGGCAACCUUUGACCUUUCUGUUCAAGGAUCACACAAGAGGAGCUUAAGCCUUGGGGAUAAAGAAAUAAGUCGGUCCUCUCCUUCUCCCGCCCUGGAGCAGCCUUUCAGAGACCGUUCUAACACCCUGAGUGAGAAGACGGCGCUGCCCGUUAUCCGAGACAAGUACAAAGACCUGACUGGUGAGGUGGAGGAAAAUGAGAGAUACGCGUAUGAGUGGCAGAGAUGCCUGGGGAGCGCCCUGGAUGUCAUUAAGAAGGCAAAUGACACCUUAAAUGGCAUUAGCAGCAGUGCUGUUUGCAUGGAAGUUAUCCAGUCAGCCCAAGGCAUGGAAUAUCUCCUAGGCGUCGUGGAAGUGUACCGAGUAACCAGGCGUGUGGAGCUGGGGAUAAAAGCCACUGCUGUGUGUAGUGAGAAACUCCAGCAGCUGCUGAAGGACAUUGAUAAAGUGUGGAACAACCUGAUGGGCUUCAUGUCACUUGCCACACUCACGCCAGAUGAAAAUUCACUGGAUUUUUCCUCCUGUAUGUUACGACCUGGGAUUAAGAACGCUCAGGAACUGGCUUGUGGGGUGUGUCUCUUAAAUGUGGACUCUAGGAGCCGGAAAGAAGAGAAGCCUGCAACAGAACAGCCUAAAAAUGCAUUCAACUCGGAAACAGACAGUUUCAAGCUUGCCUAUGGAGGACACCAGUACCACGCCAGCUGUGCCAACUUCUGGAUCAACUGUGUCGAACCCAAGCCUCCUGGCCUCCUCCUGCCAGAUCUGCUCUGAAAGUUUCUCAGUGAAGCUCCAGUUGAUGUUUGGUUGUUUUUGUCACAUGACUAGGGGUGACAGGGAUCAAUAAACAGAAUACAAGUACUGCAAAAUUCCCUUCCAUCCAUCUCAUUGAAGCAUUCCCCAAGAGGUGGGGUAGAAAACUGCAAUGGAGGUUCCCAUCAGACAGCCUUUGACCACUGCUUCCCCUACCCCUUUGUAGCCUGAGGUUAAUUGGUAGACCUAAAUUGCACGUGACACUGGACACUUGUUUGCUUAUCUCUUCUGGUUUUUGUUGAUGGUGAUGUUGGUUUGACUUUUUUUUUUAAGGAUAGGGUCUUGAUGCAUGCCCCUGGCUGACUUGAAUUUGUAGCGAUCCUCCUGUCUCUGCCUCCCAAGUGCUGGGUCACAGGCAUGUGCCACCAUACCCUAUUUCUCUUAAGAUAUUUUAAAAUAUGGACCACAGUUUUCUGUAAGGAGUAAUCUGCUGCUGAAGUGUUUAAACUGUGAAAAAUUGACAAAAGAGGAAAAGUAAGUUAUCCUAGCACUGGAAUCUGCAAGUUUGUCUCCAGCCAGUGCUCGCUUACAUCUCCAACUUCAGGGUCCCAUGAAGCAGGACACAUCUUUCUGCAUUUUUCUUGUAAAUACUUGAAAUAAAAGGGGAUUGUGAUUAAACUGACACUCUGGACUUGUCUCCACUGGACAGUGGCAGGCAAGGAGGGCAUAACUCCCCAUUCCUGUCAAACCUCACCCUCUUCUCCUCCCCUGAAACUAGCUCUCAAGGAAACCAUCCCCAGAGCCUGAAUCAGAUGCACACCCUUCUCCUUGGAGCCUUUACUGAGAUCCUGCCAUUUUGCCUCAACAUCAAGACUGGCACAACACAGAGAAACCCUGUCUCGAAAAAACAAAAAAGACUGGUACAAACCAUGGUGUUUUUCCUCCAAAAGAAAAGUCUCUAACAGCUGUGGAAUGAAAUCUCUUCAUAGUGACCUCUCUCCACAUUCCCAAAGAUGGCUGCAUAGGGGCCAGCAAGUGGAGAGAAUGGAGUUUUGGGUCUAGUGUGGUAGUUCUCAGCCUUCCUAAUGCUGUGACCUUUAAUACACUUCCUCAUGUUGUAGUGACCCCAACUUAUUUUCAUUGCUACUUCAUAAGUGUAACAUUGCUACUGUUAUGAAUUGUAAUAUAAAUAUCUGAUAUGCUGGAUAUCUGAUAUGUGACCCCUGUGAAAGUGGCAUUUGAUGUUGUCCGUCUCCCCCAGGGUUGUGACCCACAGGUUGGGAACCAUUGGCCUUGUGAGAGGAACAGUAAGGUGUGUGUGUGUGUGUGUGUGUGUGUGUGUGUGUGUGUGUGUGUGUGUGUGUUAGAGAAACAUACCUUAGAUGCAACAUAGGAAAACAGCAACAGCACUGAAUUUUCAAAUGAAAAGGCUCACACUGGUGUAGGCAUUUGUCAUGUAAACAAAAUGCAUGAAACUAAGAGACCUGAAGCUUCAGUGGUUAAAAAGUGUUACUCCCAGGAAAAGCCCAGCAGUCUGGGGCUCUGGCUGUUAAUUUGUGCAUUGAGACAGACUUCAGGUCCUACAUGCUUUGCUGACCUGAUUUAGUUUUUAUUUGAAAAUCUAAAACACUGGGUUUAGUCUAUCUCACUGCUGCGUCUACAAAAUUCACCAUUUCCCCUUCCAGGGCAAAACUAUUCUGUGUUGUUCCUUCUUGUAUUUGCUCCAAGAUACUGGUCAUUUUCACCUGUUGAUGGUGCUUCUCCUGGCCUUGCUGAAGAGCAAUGCAGAGAGAAGAGCUGAUGAAUCCACUUACUCAGCUGUUCCAGAUGAUGUCAUCUGCACUGCUAACAUCCAGACAUCUGUCUGCACUGUGACCACGAGGCCUUUCCCUGCCCGGCCCGGGGCUGGUGGAGCGGGGAGGCUCCAGUGCGCACACGCAGGUGGGUUGGUUUUCAGCAGCCCCUGAAACAGCACCACUAGUGUUUCACCAUGGCCCAGAACAGCAAUCGGGCUCUCCAGUCUGUAUUCUAGAUUAUUCCCUCAUAAGAACAAUAGGAUUGACCUUAACCAAAGAAUAUUCCCAGUUUAGCUACAUUUACACUGCUGAAGCAUUUUCUGGAAAUGCUAUGGUGAAGUGUUGACUACACAGUGGCCUGUAUCGAUGACAUCUUAAGUACCUGUUAGCUAGAUUGUCUCCACUUGUAGAUUUAUUCCAGAAUACCUAUGUUAAAACUCCUUACCCGUAGGGUUACUUACUCCUUAGGAGGUGCCAGAGGAAAAUUCAAUAGACAUAGACGAAAAUCUUUUACCAUGAAAAAUAUUGGCUGUUUAAUACUUUAAGAUAUUUAGUUAGAUACUUCCACCAGGGAUUUGGGGGAGUGUAGACUAUUAGCAGGCUGGUUUUCCUUGUGUGCAUGUAUUAAAAUGAUUCACGUAGCAUUCAGCUUCACCUCAGCUCUUUUCUUGUUAGCCAAAAGCCCAGUGUCCUUGGAAACAGUAACCAAGGUUACUUAUCUGCAUACUGUGCAUUGUGUCAGGCAGCUUCACCCACUGCUUGAAUGGAGAUUAAUAAGCACCACUCGGUUUGGGAACUGUGCUCUGCCUUUCCCUGCCUGUGGGUUGGUGUGUGACCUGUGUCUGGACAUGCUUGAGACAGAGGAGGCUCAAGGCAUGCUCAGAUAUUACCUCUGUCUUCCUUUUCUGUGUCUGCUAGUUAGCAUUCCCUCUGGGAUGCACAUUUUUAAAUUAAUAUUUUGUGUUGCUAUACAUAUUUCGGGUGUUUGGGUUUUGCUUGUUUUUAUGUUUGGUCUUAUUUCCUGUUUAUCUGUUUAUGUGUCAUCAAAAAGAUUUCUUGAAAACAGGUAUUGGAAAUUCUUGCUUUGUACCAGGGUCUCUCUGAGAAUUCUCCUAAGUAUCUCCAGUCAGACACCUUUUGUUAACAGUUCAUAAAUGAACUCACAUUUCCAGGCAUUUGUCCUAAAGAAGGGGCCACUGGAGCCUGCUGGAGACAUUCCAGCGGAUAUCAGAGUACAGGUCAAGAUGUGUGUAGCCUGUGGUUUUGUGUCUAGAUUGGGUACCAUUUCCUCGGAAAAGGGUUCACCAAAUGAUAUUGAAAAGCCCCUCCUCCUUCCAAAGUCUAGCCAAGGAAAUAGGACCUAAGUGAAACAGCUCAUAGUUUGUUUUGUAAAUGCCAGUUUACAAAUACUUUUCUAACAAAGUAUCAUAAAAAUUGUUUUACUUAGUUUCAUUCUUUUAUGUUGAAUAUAGUACAAGUGACUGACAAAGCAUUCACCUCUCAGGUCAUAGCUGUGGCUUUGUUAGCCGGAGGAAUGUUGCAAGUCCAUGAAGCAUGUCUUGUGUGUGAUCUGGAAUGUGGUCCCAAAUGUUAAAAGACGGUGUGCCGCCUUUCCCCUUUGUCUACAUUUUAAUAAACAACUACUCUUAA